CCUCGCAUUUGACUUCACAUACCCCCAUUCUACACACUUUUACUCGCACCGGAGGACGGUGGCAGCCCCCACCCGCUGCUCCGGACCGCGGCUGCACCCCGCCGCGAUGGCUCGCACCAAGCACCCGGUGCCGAGGAUUCUGAGGCAGGGGGAGCAGCCCAAGAAGCGGGCCCAGUACGAGCGCUCCCCUCGCUGGACUGCGCCGCCGCCGAUGCGGCAGUACCCGCCGGCGCCGCCGAAGCGGAAGAAGGCGCGCCGGUCCCGGCCGGGCACGGCGGCGCUGCGGGAGAUCAGGAAGCUCCAGAGCUCCACCGGAAUGCUCACCGCGUUCGCGCCCUUCGUCCGCCUGGUCAAGGAGAUCACCGACUUCUACUCGAGCAGCGACUCGUCGGGAGUGUCGCACUGGACUCCUUAGGCGCUCGUCGCGUUGCAGGAGGCAGCAGAGUACUGCGUAGUUGACUUGUUCGGGGCCGCGAAUCUCUUGGCCAUCCAUGCCAAGCGUGUCACGAUAAGUUAUAUCAGUGAUGAAUGGGGCCUUCUCGUUUGCAUAUUAUGUUCUGCCAAAGGAAGCAUGCCGCAGAAUAUAUGUAAAAGCAUUUCAGUUACUCCCUCGGUCCCAUGUGCCCGUAUCCCAAAAAAUUCAAAUUUGAGGUGUGUAACUAGUCGGAGAAAAAAAAUUGAAAUGCGGAUUCAACCAAGUUGUGGAAAACAACCGUCCGACCGUCCGAUGAUACUCGAAUCUGCGCCCCCCACACACCCUGACAUUUCGGGCCCACGUCCCAACGUUCGAAUCGGCGCUUGUAUAACCGUUGCCAAGGCCACAACUCAUUCACUGCGGAAUAGACAGGGUCCUCUUCCUUUCUUUCCCAACAAACUCAAAAAAAGAAGAAAGAAUUCUUCGCCUUCGCCCCCUCCCUCCCCCAGAAACCCAGCCGACCGCGGAGCGCGCCUGCCUGCCGCCGCCAUGGCCCGCACGAAGCGCCCGGCCAUCAGGAAGUCGAAGCCGCAGCCCAAGAAGCAACUCCAGUUCGAGCGCACAGGCGGCGCGAGCACCUCGGCGUCGGCGACCCCGGGGAGACGUGGAGGCCGGACCCCGGCGCGAGCGGCGGGUCAAGCGGCACCCGCACAACAGAAGCCGAAGAAGCCACACAGAUUCCGGGCAGGCACGGUGGCGCUGCGGGAGAUCAGGAAGUACCAGAAAUCCCCUGAGCUGCUCAUCCCAUUCGCACCCUUCGUCCGUCUGAUUAAGGAGAUCAGUAAUUUCUACUCACCUGAGAUCUCGCGCUGGACUCCUCAAGCUCUCGUUGCUUUGCAAGAGGCUGCAGAAUACCACUUGGUAAACAUAUUUGAAAAGGCAAAUUACUGUGCCAUCCAUGCGAAGCGUGUUACCAUGAUGCAAAAGGACAUACAGCUUGCGAGGCGUAUCAGUGGGCACAGGGGGUACUAAUUGAAGAUGUUUCUCACAUCGAGGCACAAAGGCUGUUAUGUCACUAAUCGAAGAUGUUCUUGUGAAUCAUGUAUCGUUAGGAAGUAUUGUAGGUGUACCUUCAUUUAGAUAUUGUUCAAGUUCAUUCCGACUUGACACAUGUUAGAUCUCAUUUGAUGUUUCAGCCUUUGCUCCGCCGUAAUUGUUCUAAUUCAGAGUUUCUGAGAACAGCCCAAGGGCAUGGAUAAUGAAAUGUAUGCCUGAAAAGUUGAUAGCAUGCAAAUUGGUAGCAUGCAACUCGGAGAACAUAUCAUAGUGCUCUCAUGACUCGAAGUGCUAUUGUACCGUCC